AGUGUAGGACGGGUGACUGCUGCUGUGAUGUGUGUAUUUUGAUGUAUAUUUUGUUAUGCACGAGGGGCUCUGGCCAAGGGCAACGAAAAGGCAUAAAAUGAGGCCCAUGGAGGCGCCAAUCCGUAAAAGAACCGAAUGGAUUACCUUAAAAUUAGAGGAUAAGAGAUUAUGCUGAAGGUGAAGAACGCGGACUGGUUCUGCCCCCGCACGCUGAUGGACCACUGCCACAACCUGGGCAUCGUGAUUGACCUUACUGACACCUUCCGGUACUACCACCCCGAGGACUUUGAGAGCCGAGGCGUGACGCACAUGAAGAUCCGCAUCAAGGGCAGGAUAAUCCCCGAGGAGAAGGCCGUGCAGAAAUUCUUCCAAGCCGUGAACAAGUUUUUGGAGAAGAACAAGGAAAAUGACAAGGUGAUCGGCGUCCACUGCACCCACGGCAUCAACCGCAGCGGGUACCUGGUCUGUAGGUACAUGAUACAGGUGUUGGGUAUUCCUCCGGACCAAGCCAUAGCAGACUUUAACAGCGCGCGGGGCCACGAACAGGAGCGGGAGAACUACCUUGCAGACCUCCGCCAGGCGCCGUGGAUGGACGAGGCGGUCCUUAAGUAUUCCAGGAGCAACUCAAAAUCCAAGGAGGCCUCUGAGUACCCCACCAACCCCCUGGACACCUCUACCGCCUCCCUGGACACCACCAAUAACAGCACGCUGGACACUACCAACAACACCACCUUGGACACCACUGCCAGUGAGGUCGAGUCCCCCGGGGGUUCCAUGGGCGUCGCCAGUCGGCAGACCUGGAAUAUUCCUCUUCUGAAGUACCCCGGCACGCCGGAAGAUGAGAGCAGGCCGCUGCCGCCGCUGCGAAGGUGGAGCCCUGUGGAGGAGCGGCACUCCAAGAGGUCGUCGAGGCGGACAAGGCGCUACAACCCAGUGGACAACUCUUCCGAGGAGCGGCCCGUCCGGCGCCACAAGGAGCGGUAUUCAGCGUACGGGGCGCGCGACUACUACGACCAAAUCUACCAAGGCCGCAUCGCGCCGCAGUAUGACAGUCACUUCUACCAGCACCGGGGCUCAGGCGUGGGCCCGCACCGCCCGCUGCCCCGCUACCAGAGGCAGCAGCUGCAACAGGGGCCCUCCAACGCUCCGCGCCAGUACCGAGGGCCCCGCCCCUACCGCAGCCCUCCCGCUGCCGACACUAACACCUACUCCAACACCAACACCCCGGUCCGCCAGGACCGCCAGGAGGCCCCUGAAUAUUACAGGACUCCUGACGCGUCGAGGACUCCGCGGCUCAGGUCUCACGGACCUCUGCGCAACCCUCUGAGUCCAGGCGUCCGCGAGGAUGUGUUCAGUCCUACGUCGCGCCGCCGUUCCGCCAGGAUGACCCCGUACUGAGCCCCGCCAGGCCGCCAGGCACUCGGGCUGCUGGUCUCCUGGCAGACGAGGAGGCGAGAUCAUUAUGCUGGUAAUGUGUGGCAUUUGUGUAGUAAGGGUGAGGAGAGGCGGUGGGAAUGUCUGGGCCACUCCCGCCACCCCACGCCUCGCCCACCCCAGACUUCCACAGCAGCAGUGUCAGCAUGACUAAUCCCACAAGUGACGUGCACGAGCAUUACGAUAUCCACUGUCACAGAGCUGUUAUUGUGCAGCUGUACACGAGUCACUCACACACACCUUGUCCAUGUACACUAUUCUAAACAGUGAAUACACUCGGGUUGACACGGGACUGCUUGUAUCUUGCUCUUCACACUGUCUUUGGAGAGAAUGGGGAACGCCUUCCAAGGGUGGCGGUGGCCUUCUUUGUCUGUCUGUCUGAUUCCUUUCCUUUCAUUAACACGUGACACGAGAUACUUGGUUGUCGAGUCUUCGGGUGUCUGCUGUGUUUGAGUCCGAGGUAAGCGCCUGAAGGAGGCGUGGCGUAGUGUGGCGUAUGCUGGGUGUGAGUGGGCGUGGAAUGGCUAAAGUUGACUAGUAUUUCUCUAAGUGAUUCAAGUAUUUCCGUCUGUAUUAAAGUUUCCUCUUCCCGUAGCCUUUAGUCAGUGCAGAUGACGAUACAACGACCGACAAUCAUGAGGUGCUGAAGUGGCUGCAAAGAAUCGAUUGUUUCUUUCUUUGCGUGAAUCAUACUUGUCAUGUCUCCUUGAUUUACAUGAGAAGUAACAGCUUGAUUUGUGUUCAUUAAUGCGUCUGGGCUCCAAGCUUAACAACAAUAACUAGUGAUGAUAAUAAUAAUAAUAAUAAUAAUAAUAGUAGUAGUAGUAGUAGUAGUAGUAGUAGUAGUAGUAGUAGUAGUAGUAGUGGUAAUACAGUGAUGAGUCAUUUCUGAUCUCAAUGUAUUAACGAAAUAAGUUUUAGGUCUCGAAUACCACGCAUUACGUUUUGAAAAAAUUGUCUUAAGUUUUGCUGGAAAUGGAUUGCUCUCUCUCUCUCUCUCUCUCUCUCUCUCUCUCUCUCUCUCUCUCUCUCUCUCUCUCUCUCUCUCUCUCUCUCUCUCUCUCCUCUCCUCUCCUCUCCUCUCCUCUCCUCUCCUCUCCUCUCCUCUCCUCUCUCUCUCUCUCUCUCUCUCUCUCUCUCUCUCUCUCUCUCUCUCUCUCUCUCUCUCCUCUCCUCUCCUCUCCUCUCCUCUCCUCUCCUCUCCUCUCCUCUCCUCUCCUCUCCUCUCCUCUCUCUCUCUCUCUCUCUCUCUCUCUCUCAUAUAUAUAUAAGCAUCCAGGCCACACAGCACCGGCCACAAGACGCCCGCCGCGCCAUACCACGCCCUCCACGCGGCCACCACACUAGAGAUCACUUCCUCCACGUGCUUACCCUGAAAUAUCUGUAAGGAAGAUAAUUAAGUUACACGAAUUAAUGGGUCGUCUUUUAUACACAUUUUGAGAGCAGAAAAUGUGUGUGUGUGUGUGUGUGUGUGUGUGUGUGUGUGUGUGUGUGUGUGUGUGUGUGUGUGUGUGUGUGUGUGCUUGUGGAAUAUAACGAUAAUAAUAAUAACAUUAAAACGAAUAUAUACAAAUAGAGAAGGAUUUCAGCAAUAUUUUACAGUAGGAAUCGCUAGUAACUAAACUUAAGCCAUAUACUUUACAAAAACUAUUUUAGAUUUAAGAGCCCAGGAAUGUUGUCUGUCAAUCUGCGGCGUCCUCAGCAAUGUAGACUUGCUGUGGUGUCAGUCAGAUAGAGUGUGGACUGGUAGAGGGAGAGGCAUCAUGGGACAGUAAGUGGUGACGUGGGUAAUGGAAGAGAGUGCAGCUUAACUCUUGGGUUUUGCAGGUGUCGCUGAGAGCCUGGGGAGAUUCAAAUAUUGUUUUUGUAUGAUGGAUUUUUAAUAGAAUAUGUCAUCAUUACUUUAGGUGAAUAUGCGUGAAGUACGUGAUUAGGAUGAUGAUGAUGAUGAUGGUGGUGGUGGUUUGAUAAUUGUGUGCGUGUGUGUGUGUUUGUGUGUCACAGAAAUGUAUUUUUGAUGUGGUGUUACUACUAAUAAAGUUUGUUAAAAGUA